AUGUCGGCAGCACCUUCCAUCAGCAGUUUCAACCGGGACUCGGAUCCAGACAAAGCAAAUUCAUCGGAGGAUAGGCACGAUGCACCACAGAGCAGUCUGCAGCAACAACAGCGAGCGCUUCAUGUCCGAUUUCGAUGCAAUGGGCCGCCACAAGAAAUCGGGCGUAACCCACCUACGGAAAGCUCACGACAAGAAUGGGAACACUCUCAGCGGCAGGGAGAAGCUCAUAGACCGACAGCUCCGUAUGCGCACGAGUCGGAAGAUAUCGCCGACACCCCACAGCAAGAUCGUGCUCCUGAAUCCGGCCAGCCUCAGGGUGCCCCAGGUCUCGACACCACAGAUAACGCAACAAAAGCAGAAAACGAGAAGAAAGAGUCUGAAGUCCCUCAACGAAAAAGACUCAAAGAGCGAUGGCGAUAUGCAACGCAAACCCUCAGAAUGAAAGCCGGCAUAUUGGGAGAUCGCAUGGGUCGCCCAGCGUCGGAGGGAGAUGAUCUAACAUCGGGGAAAUACAGACCCGACUGGGCAACUGGGGGCGCCCCUGCGCUAUCAGACUUUACAGAUGAUAAACACAAGUCCGAUGAAGAAAAGUUAGCAAACCAAGCAGCUAGCAGCUCUGAGGCACACCGUCUUGUGCGAGAUUUGACCCAGGACCAUUCCCAAAAACGUCGGAAAGGACGCGGAAGACCGUAUCCACAUGCUGGGACCGAAUUUCAAGAUGAGGAAAACCCUACUGGUGCAGAAGCGAGCUUGCGAUAUCGAUCUGGAGGUGGGGGCAUCCUGUCGCAGUUGAUAAAAUUGAAUGGUGGCCAGCAAGCUGGCCAGCAACGAGAUGCUGGAACCGGAUCUCGGAGAUCUACCGACUCCUCGGUUGCUUCAUCAACGAGUACAGCAUCUGGAACUCCAAGAAAAGGUAAAUCACCAAAGUGGUAUAAAAGGCCUGCAAACACUUCGACGUCGACGCUGAUCGGUGGCGGCGAGGGGGCUUAUAGCGGUGCAAGCACGCCCGUUUCCAGCGAAGUUCUAUCUGCAGCUUCAAAGCGACGCGCCCAGGAAGGUAGCGGUGACAAGCCAGGUUCAAAUAUGCGACUCGAGGAUGAAAUCCGAGUGACAAUCCACAUUGCUGAGAUCAUCUGUCGCCAGCGGUAUAUCAUACAGCUCUGUCGGUGUUUGAUGUCUUUCGGAGCGCCCACCCAUAGACUGGAGGAAUAUAUGCAAAUGACUGCCAAGGUGCUUGAGGUCGACAGCCAGUUUCUUUACCUACCAGGCUGCAUGAUCAUGUCAUUCGAUGAUCCGUCUACUCGCACGACAGAAGUGAAACUUGUUCGUAUGGCCCAGGGUGUUGAUCUGGCCCGUCUAUCAGAAACUCACCUCACCUACAAAAAUGUGAUUCAUGACGUGAUCGGUAUAGAGGAAGCAGUGCAGGAACUGGACAGUAUCAUGAAGACAAGCCCUCGUUAUCCUAAAUGGAUGGUCGUGUUGGUUUACGGCCUGGCCACUGCUACUGUGGGACCAUUUGCUUUUAAUGCGAGACCAAUUGACAUGCCGAUCAUAUUUAUCAAUGGACUUCUCGUUGGACUAAUGCAGCAUGUUGCUGCGCCUCGGUCGGUACUAUAUUCUAACGUCUUCGAAGUCACAUCGACUGUCGCGACGUCGUUUCUGGCUCGAGCCUUCGGCAGCAUUCCACGUGCUGUUGCGGAUGGCAAGCGAGAAUAUCUCUUUUGCUUUUCCGCCAUUGCACAAGCCUCUAUCGCAUUGAUACUACCAGGAUUUCUAGUACUCUGUGCUAGCCUGGAACUUCAGUCUCACCAAAUUAUCGCCGGGUCAAUUCGAAUGGUGUACGCACUCCUGUUUUCCUUGUUCAUCGGCUAUGGGAUCACCGUUGGCACAACAGUCUACGGUCUUAUAGACAACGGCGCCGUGUCUGACACAUCGUGCCCAAAACAAGGGGCUUUUCAAAACCCCUAUGUCCAACGGUUUCCGUUCGUAACGAUCAUGACCGUCUGGCUCCUGAUCAUCAAUCAAGGCAAAUGGAAACAGCUCCCACCAAUGACCGUCAUCGCCUUGUCUGGAUAUAUCAGCAAUUACUUCAGUACCAAAAAGCUGGGAUCCAACUCACAAGUUGCGAAUACAGUGGGCGCAUUCACUAUCGGGAUUAUGGGUAAUCUAUACAGCCGCCUUUGGCAUGGCCACGCUGCAACUGCUAUUCUUCCCGGAAUCUUUAUCCUCGUCCCCUCUGGGCUCGCCGCGACGGGCUCUCUCAUUACAGGGGUCCAAUCAGCCGACGAAAUUCGCAAAAACGUCUCCCAGCAUGGUGGCGCUAGCUCUACACCCGGGGCGGGCCUGUCAUCUAGUAGCUCUGUUUUCAGCUUGGGUUUUGGAAUGAUUCAAGUUGCGAUCGGUAUUACCAUUGGUUUGUUUAUAUCUGCAUUGAUCGUUUAUCCGUAUGGCAAGCCUCGCAGUGGGCUGUUCAGUUUCUAG